UCAAUCGCACCAGAGAGGGAGGGCGAGACAGAGAGAGAGAGAGGAAAGAGUGAGUGUGGCUAUCUUCAAAAAGGGGUGGGAACGUUGAACCUGGAAGCUGAAAAGUUCUUCCCAAGCCUAUAAACAAGAAUCAAAGCUGUAAGAACGUGGUGGCACUAAAACCAACUCGGAGGGGAAUCCGGUACAGCAAGACGAGCGCGCUUAAAGGUGAGGAAAGUUAAAGAACGAGACCAUUUUCCUAAGUAAAGUUAUCCGUCAAGACCAAGAGCAGCCUUAGAAUGGGAGAAGAUGCAGUGCAAGCAGAAAGGAGCAGCAUGGCCAGCACACAUGAGAACCAGGAGCUGGUGGUGCCAAGCCCCAGCCCCACUCAAUCUUCACCCACACAUAGCCUCUCACAUCUGGGCACCGUCGCAACCAACGCCCCUAGCGGAGAGCCUAGCAGCCCUGGGCCUCUGGCUGGGGGCACCACAGGCACUCUCCCCAGAGAUGGAGCUUCACCUACAAGUCAAGUGAAUGCCAUCACUGUCUUGACACUUCUAGAUAAGCUGGUGAACAUGCUGGACACGGUGCAAGAGAACCAGCAUAAGAUGGAGACGAGACAGGUCGAGAUAGAGGGGGCGGUGAGAGGCAUCCAGAACGAUAUGACCAAGCUCUCCAAGAGCCACACUUCCACUUCCAACACGGUCAGCAAACUCCUGGAGAAGAGUCGCAAGGUCAGCGUCCACAUGAAGGAGGUCAAGGACAAGAUGGAUAAGCAGGCCGUCCAGGUGAAGAAACUGGAGGCUAAUCACGCUCAGCUGAUCAAGAGAGACAACUUCAAAGUGCUCAUCUUCCAGGAGGAAAAUGAAAUCCCUUCAAGUGUCUUUGUGAAGGAACCUGCACCAUUACUUGAAGUGGAGGAGAAUGCCAACCGUUCUCAAGAGGAGGGCCUUCAGACCAUCACCCUCUCCUCGGAUGAGGAGCAGGGACCAGAAGAGGAUGAAGAUGAAAUUUUGGCCAUUUUGGACCUCGAGAGUGAAAGCAGAGUUGAAAAAUCUCGAGCUGAGAAGAUCAAGAGCUCCAGCCUGAAGAAAGUGGACAGCCUGAAGAAAGCUUUCUCCAGGCAGAAUAUUGAGAAGAAGAUGAACAAGUUCAGCACCAAGAUUGUCUCCCCAGAGCAGCGUGAGAAAAUCAAGAAGAGUCUGACACCAAACCACCAGAAGAACCCUAGUGCCAAGAGCUCCUCUUUCAAGGUCUCUCCUCUCACCUUUAACAUCAAGAAGAACCGCAGUGGGGACGCCGACCCAGAGGCUGAGGCCUCAGCUCAAUCUGAGAGCCCUGUUGCCUCCAUUGAACUGGCCCCCAUUGAGAGCCCAACUGAAGACCUGUCCUUCAGAGAGGUCCACUCCCAACUUGCACCAGCACAGGAGGAAACAGUAAAGGCAGCUGUGGAAGCAAUGGAGAAAGAGGAGGUGCCUAACAUCCUGAAUGGCACAGCUGAGGUUGAGCUGUCCAUCACAGAAGAUGUAAGCGAGGAGUAUGCUCUUUCUGUGACCCUGCCCCAGGACGCCUCCAAGAAAGAAGUGUCCCACAAUGCUUUACAGGGAGACGAUGAAGAGGAAGGAGAGCAGGAAGAGGGAAAAGAAAGUGAAGACAGCCCUCUAGCAGCAGCUGCAGGCCAAGCAGAGGGUGUUGCUGUAGGACAAGCAUCCUAAUGUCCUGACCCUCCAUUCCAGCCCCAGGACACCCUCCUAAGCUGAGAAAACACUCUGUCCCUUAUCAGUGCCAGCCAUCCCCGCCAUGAACCCAGACAUCUGCCCUGUCCUCUAAGAAUACACUUACAAUGCAGUCUAUUCAAAAGGCAAAAUUCAUGAACUAUAUGACAUUUGCUUUAAAAUCCCAUAUCACUUUAGUUAGUCCCUAGUCUUUUAGCAGAAAUGAAUGUGAAAGCAGUCUUAUCUGUCCAUCUAAUCCAACAGUCUGUUACAAACCUUCCACUUGUGAGAAACCAUUCCAGCUGGUAUUACUGCACACUCUAUCUUCCUCUGGUGGUGCCUACCUGUCAGCUGAGAAGGUUGGCAAAGGAAAACAAAUCGCUUACAGCCAAAGGAGUCAACGGUCGCCAAGUGCACUCCAUCUAUCCCAUGGACACUUUUUUUAACAGUAGCCUGGUUUUCAUCCAAUGCAUCUCUUCUGGAACAGCCUGUGCACAGCUGAAAGUGAUAUUGAUUUCACGCAACCUAGAUUAUUUCCAAUCUUGGUCCAAUUCGGUUUUGUUUUUGAGAUUAAACAGCACAUAUCUACUGCCAUGUACUAUGUCUGUGUUGAUCAAAAAUGUGUAAUGUACUCAAUUUUACAUUUUGGUUUUAAUCAAGUCACACUAUGUAUACUGUGAACUCAUUAAUACAGAGACCAAAAGAUGUGAGAAAGCUAGUUGGGAAGUGUUUUGUCCAAAACUAUACUAAAAAUAUAAUUUCUGAAUUCUAGAAUUUUGCUUUGUAGUGGCUAAUAAACAUUUAGACAACCUUUUUCUUUCCUGAGAACACACCAUGCUCACAUACAUUUGCUUUGAAUCAUGAAUGCAGUUUACAUGGGGGAUCCUGGUCUUCCCUGAGCUUCACAUAUGUCUCGGACCAUAGUCAGAAAGCAUUCCUGCUUUUGAUAUACGGCUCUUUUCAGAGACCAUUUCUCAAGCUCCCGUUGGCAUGAUGCUGGCUGAGAAACAGGCACUGUGAGGCCAGUUUAGAUUACAGGCAUAUUUCUGAAAGUGAUGAAGGAUUCGAUCAGCCCAGCUGAAUGCAAAUAAGCCAGAGAAGUGUGGAGAUCUGAAAAAGUACAAAAAAAGUGAAAAUCUGUUUGGAGUGUUGAACUGAAGUUUCGAAAUGUGAGAACUGACUAACACCAAGGGCAAAUACCCAUUUCAUCAUUUUAGAAUAAAUACAAUUUACUGAUAUUUGUGCACACUUUAGCAAAAUUUGUCGCUAUCAUGCAAACCCAGAAAUAAAAUGGUGCUGUUGAGGGACAGUACUGAAAAAUAUUUGAGCAAUGAAAGUACUUUUUCCUGAAAGUUUGGUCCUUAUUAGAAUAUAAAACAUACAAGUAACAUAUGUAUGUCAAAUGUAUUUUUGUGUUUUAAUAGAAAUUUUGUUGCUUUCUGCAAAUAAUUCGAGCAUAUUUUUAAUUUCAGUAUUCCAGUGCUGAACAAAAACUUAAGUGUGUAUCUUUGCUUUGGGUGGAUGUCUUUUUCAGAUGUGAAAAGGGAUGAGGUUUUACGUCUUUAAAAAUAUAACAAAUUUGAACUAAUUUUUGCUUAUGCUUGUAAUCCCUAAUCUUUAUUUGCAUAUCUUUUAAGAAGUUAAUUGCGUCAGUGUCUUCAUAAUAUAUAUGAGAGCUAUAUGUUGUCUUGGUUAUCAUAUUUUAAAACCAUUAUGAUUCAUGCCAAAGAAAAGGCUCAGUUACAGCAGAGACCUCAUAACGUUUCUGUGACACCUGUUUACCAAGUUGUUAUUGAAGCACGCUCUUUUCAAAAUAUUCUUUUAAUGCAAAUAAAUAAAGAUGUUGGACCAUG